UCUCGAAAACUACUACACUAUACUCCAACUCCUGGUCCUUGGGAAAGGCAGGGCCUCGAUAAACCCCGAUCAAUCAGAGUUGAGGGUGUGUCCCUCCCGUACACGCUUCAUGAUGAGCUUUCCUUCGGUCGGAGUCACUUCAGCUCGCUGGGUUGCUCAGUAAGCGACUGGCGCUUUUUUUUUGUCUUGGAACUCUGAGAAAGUUUGGUGAAACUGAAGCGACUGGAUCUAUCACUAUGGGGGAUUCGAUCUCAAGCCACCUGGAUGAGGGGAAAAAGGAGAUCAUUACAGCGAGGACCGCAGAAGUCCUGAGCGACUUCAAGAGUCUCUACGAGCAGCAGUACGCCGUGGCCCUUUUUAACAAGCUGCGCUAUGAUGUCGAGGGAGGGGGAGGACCUCAACCUCAGCUCCUGCAUCGUAAGGUGCCUCUCGAGAACAAGUCCAUCUUCUCAGGGAUGCUGCUGCAGUACAUCGAAGAAAACAAAAAAUGGCGCAAUCGUUUUCUCUUCGUCCCAGACUCGUACAAGAUCAGCUACUACGAAAACAAACAGGCCCAUGAUCGAGGCCUUAAUCCCAAAGGAAGCAUCAACUGUGCUGGAUACAAAGUGCUGAUCUCAAUGGAGAAGUACCUGGAACUCCUUGACACCAGCCUUCCUGAUGUAAAAGCCAAAAUGGGCAGCUCUCCCUUCCUGAAAUGUGCCACACAGUUCCCGGUCAUCCUGUGGCACCCGUACGCCCGGCAUCACUACUUCUGUGCGGCCACGGAGAAAGAGCAGGAGAAGUGGCACGCCGUGUUUCAGGACUGCAUCCGGCACACCAACAACGGCCUGUCAGAGGAAUGUAAAGUUCAGACGCCAGCGUUUACAGACGCAGUGCGACUUUAUCGUCAGACGAACGGCCAGUACGGCACCUGGGACAUGAUGUGUGGCAUUCCCUCCCAGAUCCUGGCUAACUUGGUGAUGGAGAAGCUGCUUCCUGAACUUAGAGACCUGAUUAGCCCACGCUUGAAGGGAAAGAUGCAGGAAAGACAGAAGACCUGGACUUUGAUCUCAGAUGCCGUGUACAGUCUGGUUCAGAUUCAGACCCAGACCGAAUACGAGGCCAUAGUGCAGAGCUGUGAGGAAGGACGUCCCCCUCUGGAGGCUUCCAUACGCACCGACAUGGACCAGAUCAUCACCUCGAAGGAGCAUGUGACCAGCAAAAUCCGGGCUCUGGUGCUGCCCAAGGCUGAGAAGCUCCUGAAGGUGAGCAUCGAGCCGUACAUCAGCUCCAUCCUGGAUGCCCUGAUGGAACCCACCAGCCGAGGCUUCUUUGAGGUGCGUGAUGUUUUCUUCAGGGAGCUGGUGGACAUGAGCAAGAACCUGCUAAACGGUGGAAACAAAGAGAAACUAGGAGAGCAUAUGGAGAAGGUCUCCAUGCUGGCGUACCAUCCGGUGAAAAUGCAGUGCUGCUACGAGAGGGUUGAGCAGCUGAGUCUGGAGGGUUUGCAGCAGCGCUUUGAUGUCACCAGUCCAUCCGUGUUCGUCCAGAGAGCCCAGAUUCUCAUGAGAGAGUUAAUGGAUGACGCUGUGUACACUUUCGAGCAGCUGCUCCACCAGAGUCUGGAGGGUCAUGAAGAGGAAAAUCUCAGCAAAACCAUUCAGAAGUGCCAAGACAGAGUUAUAAAGAAAUACGACUAUGACAGCAGCACUGUACGCAAGAGGUUCUUCAGAGAGGCUCUUCUGCAGAUCUUCAUCCCCUACAUGCUGAAACAGCUCUCUCCAUCCUGCUCUGCUGACCUUCCUCGUUUCCAAGAGCUGAUCUUUGAAGAUUUUUCCCGUUUCAUUCUUGUUGAGAACGUCUUUGAGGAGGUGGUGCUUCAGACGGUCAUGAAGGACAUCAUGAUGGCUGUAAAAGAGGCUGCCGUUCAGAGAAGACACAAUCUGUACAGGGACAGCAUUGUGCUGACUAACAGCGACCCCAACCUCCACCUUCUGGGUGACAACCCAUCCAUCGAUUGGGCAGGAGAGUUUGGAGAAAAGAACGAAGUGGACGGAGAGCCCAAGGGUGAAGGAGGAGAUACGGCAGCUCAAAAGAGGCGCAGGAUGAAACAGGUGGUCUCUAUGAUCCAGGUGGAUGGCACCAGCACAACCCUGCCCAAUGAGUCCUGUAUGGAGGUUCCCAGCGUUCACAACAUCCCUGAAGAGCAGGUUGAGGGAGACUCUGAUGUUCAGUCCUCUUCUGUAUCUGACAAGGCAGAGCCCAUCAUACAGGAAGUCAGCGGGUCGUCAAAGGAGACGGCACCUGAUUUACCCAACGGGACCGCGCCAAAUCUAGAUAAACAGGAAGCUACGCCAAAGUCUUCACAAGACUCAGAAAGCAACCUCGCCAUAGAGAGCGCUAUCCAGCAGAUCGAUGAUGCAGUCCAAGGAGAAGAUGCAGAGCAAAGUCAUGGCGGAAGCGCGCCGGUGAAAUCUGAAGAAACUUGCAGCACCAAAGAGGAAGCAAAUGUUGCACCAACGAUCACAGAAGAACCUACAAAAGUUCCAGAAACCAUCAGUGAAUCAAAGCAAGAAGAGCAUACUGAUGCUGCAGAUAAUUUAUCAGACUCUCGCUCGGAACCCCAGCAUCAGAACACCGACACAGACAGCGGCUUCCAGUCACCAGCCAACGAGACAGCCGAGGAGGACGAGCUGCAGGCUGCCGCAGUAACGACGGAGACGGAACAAGAGAAGCCCAAGGACUCUGAAAAGGGAGGCCAGGAUGCUGGAAAUGGAGCUGAGACACUGACAACGCAGUCAUAGAUAUCACUAAAUAAACAACUUUUUUUAAUUUUUUUUUUUUUAUGGAAAACGCUAGAAACACCAGCCCACUGCUUGCAGAAGUGAUAGCUUUACGAAUAAGGGCUUUUAGGGUGCUUGGUUUGUUUACACAUAAAACAUCUCUCGUACUUCCUUUGCAGUUGGGAGUUUGUUUAUGAUUCUUAAAAAAAAAAAAAAAUCACGUCUUACUUUUUUCACAUUUCACUUCUUUUUUUUUUUUUUUUUUGCACACAUUUGAAUAGCUGUCACUCAGAUGGGCUCGGUCAUAAUAACGUCAUAAAAUUGUCACAAAUUUCGUUGCUAAUUAUUGUGCUCUUGUUCCUCUGCAAAGUGCUAAGAAAUUGGAUGCUUUUGCCAAUAAGACUGCUUAUAUAACCGCUUAUAUAACUGACUUCAUGCCUUAUAAUAUUCUAAUUUGGUAUCAUAUGCAAUUUUAUUCUGCUUUUUUUUUAUAUAUAUAUAUAUAAAUACCCAAGUCUUACUUAGACCCAAACUGAAAACACUGAAUGAAUUUUAUUUGAUUUUUUGUAGUUCUUUUUAUAUAGUUUUAUUUCUGUUGGGCCUAACCUAUAACUUUUUUUUUUUUUUGUGUGUGUGAAUAUCAUGAUGUUUCUUUACUUUAAAAGGUUAUAAGAAUAAACAGUUACCGUUUUGCAUACUCAAACCGAACUCCAUUGAUAUUGAUUAUAAAAUGGACAGUAGCACAUGUUCAUGGUCCAGUCUGUGUUUCACUGAUGCUAAGUGAUAAUUUGGGGUUUGGUGUAAUUCGACAUUAUCUAUAGCGUAAAAGUGGAGGAAUAGAAACCUGCAAGUGUUACCUGGAGGCAUGUGUUUCAAACUGAAAUGACAAUCAAAAUGGUUAAAGGGCAAGUAUGUAAUUUUUGCAUCUACCUUUUGUUUAAUAUUUUUUUAUUUAUUAUCUGAUGCACUUCAUUGCCUUCUUUGUGUUUAACUGAAAAUGAUCAACAAUAAAACAAUUAGAUUUGA